GAAUUCUUUUUCUUGUUUUUGGUUAUGUUUGACUUGGCGUUGUAAUGACGCCCCCCUCUGCGUGAAAGUGAAGCUUCGCUCGAUUAACUCACCUAUAUAUACAAGUUAUUUAAACUUUCUACUGAUUCCUACAACUUCGAUCAACCAGUUGGUUCCUCUAUACUCGCCAGAUUAAUCAAUCGUUUUCGGUUAGCUCUGUUCUGUUCUGAGUAAUUUUAAGAAAAAAAAAACUGUACGCCGAACAGAACAUGUCUAGUAGUGAGUUGUGUCUGGAGAGGCCUUUGUUUGGCGGCGCUAUUACCAGCGCCUUCCCUCAAAGAUUCCAGGAUGCGAGUAAUAUCCGACAAGUUCCAGAUCAUCAGGAAGUGUUUGUGGAUCCUUCAAGAGAUGAGAGUUUGAUAUUCGAGCUUUUAGAUUUCAAGAGCGACGUCGGGGACAACGGCAGUGCUUCUUGGUUUCUUCAGGAUCUUGCUCGUGAGCAAGACGCCGAAGCAUUCAAGUUGAUUGACCAAUCACAAGUCAUUGAAGCUCCUGGACUCUCCUUCAGAAACAUCCCUGCCGUUGUCACAUCUGCUGUUGGAGAGAUGGCUAUAUCCAAAGGAAGACAGGGAAGAGAUGCACAAAACUUAGUUAGGGUAUAUGUGGCGAAUCUUCGUCUCAAGGGAGUUGAAACAGAUGUCUUAGUGACUGCGUAUGAACCUAUUCUCAUCAACCCACUGAGCGAAAGCGCGAAUGCUGUGGGAUCUGGUUUAGCUGUGCCAGCUUCACAAUCUGGAAUUUCGCCAAUGUGUGAUGUCAUUAAACAUGCAGUCUCUACGUUCAGAGUCAAUGACUGGAGUCUAUUCGGUUCCUCUGCUUGAGUUCAUGCUUCAUCAGCAAAACGAAACAGUGCAAAUCUGCCAACUGGUGUUAUGUGGUUUCUUAAUGUUGAAGUUCAUUAGUUUGUGUUGCGUUUGGAUAGCUUGGCUUCUCAACCGGUUUGAGUUUAGAGUUCUUCCUUUUACGAAUUACUUUGAGAGUUUAUACAGAAAUAGAAAGCCGAAUGAUACACUUCUUUGCCCAACACAAUAAUUGAAUUAAGCCACGAAGACUUGAUGAAUAAAGAAAAUAACUGGAAAUGG